UCCACUGGUUUUGCCUCUUGGACCAUGGCGCUGCAAACGGGACGUUUCGUUGCAUACGUGGCGUUUGAUUUUGUUAUUCUCUCACUGUUUGGUUUUACCUCAACGGCCUGGGCAAGCGGCAGUCCUAAUGUUAUGUCACUCCUGCAGCCGUAUGAUUUUCUGUAUUACAGCGGGGUACGCGCAUAUUUUAAUAAGGAGUGGGGCAAGGCUGCAGAGCUGCUGGAGAAAUCUAUUACGACCAAGGAAUCACUGUUCAGGGUCCGCAGGCAGUGUCAUGAUGACUGCAUGGCAGCAGGGAGAGAAGUGCUAAAGAAACUGGACUCUGAAGAAGGGAGUAUGUGGGAUCUCUGGGCCUUGGACUGGGUGCAGCAGAGAGCUGAGUGUUUGAGGUACUGCAUUGGACACUCUGUCACACCUGUUGGACAGCUUCCUGUUUCUAAUGACAUAGAGUAUGAGUUUGGCACUCGCAACCCCUAUAACUUUCUGCAAGUCACCUACUACAAGUUGGAAAAGUUGCAGAGGGCUGCGUCGGCAGCUCAUACCUACUUCGUUGCCAACCCCACUCACCUGGAGAUGAGAAACAACAUUGAGAAGUACAGGCGGAUGGCAGGUGUGACCGAGGAAGAUUUUCAGGACAGAGAGAUUCACAAUGAGAAACACUGGGUCCUGUACGAUGCUGCACUGCAGCACGAGGCCACCGCUGAAUGGGAGCAAGCUGCAGAGACAUGGAAAGCUUGUGUGAAUGAAACUCUGCGGCAGACAGAGGAGUGCAGGGUGCAGUGUGAGGUCGCCUCCCAACGGCUGCCCGAGGACAGGGGAGUGGACAGCUUUGACGGCGUGUUUGAAAAGGCAGCAGCUCUCUCCCUCUCCCUGCUCUCAUGCCGGCAGUCAUGUGUGACUCAUGUGGCUACGCGACCUGGAAGGAUUUCAGCUCAGGAGGACUUCCUGCCCACACAGCUUGAGCAUCUGCACAUUGCACAGUUUAAAGCUGGUGACAUAAGCGGAGCACUGAAGACACUUCGUGCUCUCCUGCUGUUUUACCCCUCUGACAAGGACUCCUUAGACAACCUGCAGCUUUACCAUGAAACACUAGGGGGAGACACAGAUUCACAGAGCACCCAGGCUCCUCAGGAGAUUGUCACAUACGUCAAGCGCGCCUUGCAGGAGAAGAAACUGCUGUAUUUUGGUAUGGAAAGCCUCGACUUCAGUUUCACUGACCCAGAUCUUUGGACUCCAGAAGAUGUUGUACCUGAAUCGUUGAGGGAGAUCUGGAGCACUGAAAAAGAGAAAAUGAAUGAGAAAACAAAAGAGGGAGAGCAGCAAGAGGAAGUGGAUGACAGUGGGUUUUUUGCAGGGGGUCCGGUCCCUCGGGUGGGCGUGACCAUCACAAUGGAUGAUGAGAUGCUGAACGGGACCAAUCGAGUCGUCCUCGAUGGAGUCAUGACAGAGAAGGAGUGUGACAGAAUACUGCAGUUAGCAUCAGUCGCAGCGUCUCUUGGAGAUGGGUAUCGAGGACGACGGUCUCCACACACUCCCCAUGAGACGUUUGAAGGUCUGACGGUCCUCAGGGCGGUGAAGUUGGCUCAGGACGGCCUGGUGAACCAAUCAGACGCCAAGCUAUUACAUGAGCUGGGCGAAAGAGCACGAACCCUGCUGCACUCGUACUUCAGGAGCCCCUCGGGACUUUUCAUCACUUUCACACACCUGGUCUGCCGCACUGCUGUCACAGGUGACCAGAAGGGCAGGUUGGACCUGUCUCAUCCUGUCCAUGUUGACAACUGUCUCCUUGAGCCGGAGACCAAGCAGUGUUGGAAGGAACCACCAGCUUUCAUACACAGAGACCUCAGUGCCAUCCUCUACCUGAAUGACAACUUUGAUGGUGGAGAGUUGUUCUUCACUAACAGAGAUGCCAAAACAGUAACAGCUCGAGUGAAACCCAGCUGUGGUCGACUGGUUGGCUUCUCCUCGGGUCCGGUGAAUCCUCACGGCGUUACUGCAGUGACCAGAGGCCGGCGGUGUGCCCUGGCCCUGUGGUUCACGAAGGAGAAGCUCUACAGGGACAUGGAGCGAGAGGAGGCAGAGGCUGUGUGGGCUGCAGAUGGGCAGAGCGUGGUGAAAACCGACGAGGAGCCGGAGGGCGGUGCCGCCGCUAGCCGUAACGCUCGGAGCCAAGCGACAAAGGAGAAGAAACGAGAGAGAGUCAGGGUGACGGGGGGCAGGGAUGAGCUGUGACGACCAGAGCGAGCCUGACACAACAAACCCAAACUCCAUCCCCGUGAUUAUUUACCCACACAUUCACUCAUUUCAUGUUGCUGCCUGUUGAUACAAAGUUUGCAUGUGUGUAUAUACUGUAUUCAUACUGUCUAUGAUGACUGUAAAUGAGGGAAAUAAUGUCCUGUCUUCUCUCUAAUGUCAAUCUGUACUUUUGUUGCAAAAACUUUGCUGACUGAUCACUGAUUUAAAAACCAAAGAGAAUAAAAAUAAGUCAUAAAUGUGACUAUUUACCAUUUUUGCUGCUAAAAGCAUGCAGGUGCUGAACAGAGAGAGCAUUUGAUGAAGUGGCAAUAAGGCUGUGUAA